AUGAUCACGAUCACAGGAUGGCUUCUCGAGUACCCAAUUAUUUACGUGCAAAAUAUCGAAGAGAGUAUUAACGAGAUGGAAAGUAAUAAUGAAGGGAAUUGUUUGGGAAAUGAAGAAUUGAGAUUGUGCCGAGUGUACUUGAGAAAACAAGGAGCUGAUAAGAAUCGGCAGAUUUUGUUAAGUUUCUCUUUUCCAAAAUCAAUUCUUUCGACAACAGAAAAAGAAAUUUUUGCACGCCUAAAAUCCCUUUUCAAUUCUCGACUUUUAGAGCAACAAAACGCUUUUUGGGAAAAUGAAUGUGAAGUCGAGGUUUCAGAUGUUUGUUUGCCAGUUGUAGCGCUCUAA